AUGGCUUCACCCCGCCCUCCUCACAACUUCGGUAUCUCGAGUCCUCUUCCUAACGGUGCUGCGCCAAGUGGUCCCGUCCCAGGCGCAACUCCCCUUCUCCCAAAUAAUGGCCGAAUCAUCCAAAACGGGCCUGUGAGGGUUCUCUGUGUUGCCGAUGUCAGAGGAAAUUUGAAGUCUCUGAAUGAGCUCGCUAAGCAGGCCCGCGCUGACCAUAUCAUCCACACCGGCGAUUUUGGAUUUUAUGAUGAUACCUCACUGGAGAGAAUCGUUGACAAGACCUUGAAACAUGUCGUUCAGUACUCUCCUCUUCUGCCCGACCACGUGAAGCGUUCCAUUGCUCAAAUUCCUCCACAGCAGCCAGUCAAGGCUAGGUUCACCCCCGACCAGCUCCCACUUUCCGAACUUCCUCAGCUCUUGGACAAGCGACUCACCCUGGACGUGCCUGUUUAUACUGUAUGGGGUGCCUGUGAGGAUGUCAGGGUUCUGGAAAAGUUCCGUUCUGGCGAAUAUAAAGUCGAUAACCUUCACAUUAUCGACGAAGCGAACUCUAGGCUUCUCGAUAUUGGCGGAAUCCGGCUUCGUUUGUUGGGUCUUGGCGGUGCUGUUGUCAUGCAUAAACUGUUCGAUAAUGGCGAGGGCAAGACAACUAUUGCCGGUGGCCAGGGUACUAUGUGGACUACUCUACUACAAAUGGGCGAGCUCGUUGACACCGCCAACCGUGUUUACGACCCCUCCGAGACUCGUGUCUUCGUCACUCACGCUUCUCCAGCCCGUGAGGGUAUGUUGAACCAGCUUUCAGUUACGUUGAAGGCCGACUUUUCGAUAUCUGCCGGUCUCCACUUCCGAUAUGGCUCAUCGUACAAUGAAUUCUCCGUCAAUCCUACGCUCGACCAUUACCGUGGCAAGCUGGCAGCAUCCAAAGCGUCUUUCAAUGAUGUUUGGGAUACUGUCCGUAGCGAAGUGGAGUCCGCCAUCUCUUCAAAUGAGGCCCAGAAAACUCUUUUGGAUAAUGCACUAGACAUUGUUGAUAGGAUGCCUUCUGUAGCAAACGGCGGUAAUCCAUUCGGUGGCCCCGUUGCUGCCACCAAUGCCGGAGGACAGGUGGACGAGAGUGCAUUUAAGAACAUGUGGAACUUCAACUUAGCUGAUGCUGCUUUUGGUUACCUCGUGCUUGAAAUCGACAACGGCCGAAUCGGUACUGAAAUGCGUGCUCAGGGUUUCAAUUUCUCUCAUAGGACAGGAAAGCCAAGCACAGCAGCUCCCGCUGCCACUCAACUCGGCGGUGGAGCGGGUGCUCCUCAGUUCGGUCAAGCUCCUCCAGCUGCUCGCGGUGCGCCGUUCCAAGCUGCUCAGGCUAAGCCUCAGGCACCUCCGGCCACGACAGUUUCCCCAGCUCCCGUCAUCCCGAAGCCGGCUACUCCUCAACCUAGCGCUUCAGAGAAAGAGACCAACGGAAACAAGGAGACGGAAAAGCCUUCUGAAUCUCCAGUCCUUAAAGGAGAGAAGAAGCAGAGCAAUGGAUUAUUCAUUUCCAACGUUGAGAACGAGCAGGCAGCACGUGACCUAUUCCCUGAAGAGGAUCAAAGUAAAAUCGUCAAGGUUGAGAAAUGGGGCAAGUUCGGUCAUGUUGUGACUUUCGGUACACCCGAAGAGGCCAAGGCAGCAUUAGACCGACAGCCUAUUGAGCACAAAAAGCCCACCCCACAAGGUCAACCCCGUAAGCCCAACGUCAAGUUUUUUGAGGACCGAGGCUCUCGCCGUGAAGGAAAUGCAGGUACAUGGCAAGCUAGCUCUCGCGGAGGCGCCUCUGCACCAACACGAGGCGGAUACCAGAGCGGUGCCAGCGAUAGUGAAACCGGACGUGGGCGUGGAGGCUUUGGUCGGGGCCGUGGUGGUCGCGGAUCUGACCGUGGAGGACGAGGUCGUGGAGGACGCGGUGGAUUCAACCGAUCCGGUGAUUCACCAGCAACCGAAAAGCCUGCUGCUGCAUCUACCGGCGGCGAGUCUUGA